UUUGACAACACAGCGGCGCUGACGUUGCCGCAGCCACGGUGUGUUCGUUCCUGCUCAGUCAGGAACUUCCUCGUCAAACCGUCCGCUGCUGCACACACACUGCCGACAGAAGUUCGUCUACCGACUACCGUUCAUCCAGCGCGCCGACCGUGAGCCCCGGAGUUCCACAGAGCAACAUGGCCCAGCACGAGAAGGACACGAGCACGUUAUGCUUGUUUGACGUGGACGGCACACUGACUGCAGCUCGGCAGAAAGUGACUCCCAGCAUGACUGAGUUCCUGACCAGGUUGAAGCAGAGAGUAAGAGUGGGUGUGGUGGGAGGAUCUGACCUGGUGAAAAUCAAAGAACAGCUAGGAGACAACGUGAUUGAAAAGGUGGAUUAUGUCUUCGCGGAGAAUGGACUGGUGGCCUACAGAUAUGGAGAGCUGCACUCAAUACAGAGCAUUCAAGCAUAUCUUGGAGAGGAGCUACUACAGGACUUCAUAAACUUCUCCCUGAACUACCUGGCUAAGAUCAAACUACCGAAGAAGAGAGGCACGUUUAUCGAGUUCCGUAACGGAAUGCUCAAUGUCUCUCCCAUUGGCCGCAGCUGCAGCCAGCAGGAGCGAAUCGAAUUCUUCGAGCUGGACAAAAAAGAGCACAUCAGGGAGAAGUUUGUUUCUGUUUUACAAAAGGAAUUUGCUGGGAAAGGACUCGCUUUCUCUAUAGGAGGUCAGAUCAGCUUCGAUGUGUUCCCAGAAGGCUGGGAUAAGCGCUACUGUCUUGGCAUCGUGGAGCAGGACACGUAUCAGACCAUCCAUUUCUUUGGAGACAAAACCAGCCCGGGAGGAAAUGACUACGAGAUCUUCGCCGACCCAAGGACAGUGGGCCAUGUGGUGGCUUCCCCCGACGACACCCAGCGCAUCUGUCAGGAGCUGUUCUUCAGCUGAGCGCCCCAGAACCUCACACCUCACACCCCUCCCCUAGACCUCACGACCCUCCUUCCCCCGACGACACCCAGCGGAUCUGUCAGGAGCUGUUCUUCAGCUGAGCGCCCAGAGAACCUCACACCUCACACCCCUAAACAGAACCUCACACCUCACGACCCUUCCACUAAACAGAACCUCACACCUCACAUCCCUAAACAGAACCUCACACCUCACGACCCUUCCACUAAACAGAACCUCACAAAUCUCAUCUGUCUGGGAGCUGUUCUUCAGAACCUCCUCAGCCCUCAGACACUUCACACCUCAACCUCAUGACUCUAAACAUUGUAUGCCCAACACCUUUCCCUUCACACCCUAGAACCCCCACGUCGUCAAACACCCCAUUCCUAAACCCAGAGCCGGGACCUGUGAUAAAGCAGCAGGCUUUGAGGGUUCUGGGUCUGACCGAGCUAAUCCUAACCAGAACCGCAUCAGUCUGACUGGCUACUGUCCUAAUCCUCACCUCACGGCGGUUCAGACUACCACAUCAGAACAUAUCCUAAGUCGUCGUCUUAACAUUGAUUUUGCCCUUCAGGUUGUGUUUUCAGGCUGGGAAAUGAGUCCACACACACAGACUCACACACACACACACACACACACUCUUCAGGUUGUGUUUUCUGGCUGGGAAAUGAGUCCACAUACACACUCCCACACACACACACUUCAGGUUGUGUUUUCAGGCUAGGAAAUGAGAUUGUAAGUGCCAUACACAAACAGACUUAUAUCAGUGCCCUUCAGAAGACAGUGUCUUUAUGAUGCCAUAGUGUCUCUAUGAGGUCACAGUGGCAUUGUGAUGUCACAUUGUCUUUAUGGAUUAACAGUCAUGUCUGCACAGUGCUGGUGGAGGGUUUCUAUGUUAUCGCAACGGUGUUAAUUAUCGGACGGCGUGUUAUCGGCAAACGUUUCGCGUUGUCAUGUGAAUCCAAUAUUAAACUGAAGUUAUAGAUUGUUAAUCCAUUAUUAAACUGAAGUUAUAGAUUGUUAAACCACUGUCCGAUAACUGACAUAGCUACGCUAAAGUGAUGACAUCACAGUGUCUACAUGACAUUCUAAUGACCGAGCUACAGAACACUGGAAAUCUCUGUGACAAAGCCGUAGCAUUGUGACGUCACAGGACAUUAUUAUUGCAGACCCAGAGCUCACCUGCAGCCAAAGCUGCCUGUCCCAAACUCGGGAGGAAGUUCUGGUUACUGGCGUUGUGAUCAUGUGUAUGAAGGUGAAAACCAAGUGAAGCUGUCAAUCAAGUGAAGCUGUCAAUCAAGUGAAGUGCACUGCAGUGUACAUGUGAAGGACUUAUUUUGUAAUAAAUCUCAUUUGAAAUUAAGAA